AUGUCGUUAUUCGGUUCGAUCAUGGGAGAUUUAGAUGAUGAUCCAUUUUUUGGUGCUCACAUGCGUUCCAUGCGCCAGAUGAAUAACAUGAUGAAUUCACUUUUCGCGGAUCCUUUUGGUAUGAUGGGCGGCUUCGGAAUGGGUGGCCCACCGGCCCUUACAAUGGGUUCUAGACAUAGUAUGGUGCCAUUUGGAUUUCCUCCUAUGCCACAAUUGAAUAUGAACAGAUUGCUAAGUGGUUCUCUAGAUUCUGGCUUGGGGGAACAUGGGUUUAGUAGUAGUAGUGUGAUGUCUAUGAGCAUGACUUCUGGCCCAGACGGACGACCACAGGUCAUACAAAGUUCAUCAAGCACCAGAACUGGUCCCGGAGGUAUUAGGGAAACAAAACGAACUCACAUUGAUUCUAGAAGUGGAACUAAGAAAAUGGCUAUAGGUCAUCAUAUUGGAUCUCGUUCACAUGUGAUUGAACGUGAACAAAAUACUAUUUCUGGAGAUCAAGAAGAAAGACAAGAGUUUAUUAACCUAGAGGAAGAGGAAGCUGAGGAUUUUAAUCGUGAGUUUGAACAGAAAGCUCGUGAGAGUUUCCAUGGACAUUCAAUUGCUCGUAGGCAUUCCGGACUCCCACAAAUUACUUCUGGAAGUAAUGCUACUGGUGCUGGAGGAUGGCGCUCGCGUAUAUCCGCCGGAAGCGCCGGCGGAAACGCACGACGUAGUUUGCGCACGCCGUCGCCGAAUUUGUUGGCGCUGCCCGCUCCAGUAUCAGGACACCAUUCACCUAGGACGAGUACCAGAAUGAAUAUGACUAGAAAUCUGAAGUGUGCGCAUUUUGCUUGAUGUCUUCAUCAUUUCAACAUCAUGCUUUAUUAAGGGUGUCAUCAAUUCCGAAAAUCAUCAUUACUAAUCAUACUUAACAGG